AUGAACAAGGUGAGUUUUCUUUUUUCUGCGAUUUCAUCAAAAAUGGCCUGUUUUUCAGCUAAAUCUGUUCAGCGACAGACGGAAUCAACCAGCUGCUGGAAAUACUGGAAGAAGAAUUGAUGCUUCUCUAUAUAACAACAUGAACAGAUCAUCAAGCGUGAGAUUGGAUGUUUCGCAAAACUCGGUUAGUCUGAUACGAAAAAUCGAACAAAAGCUUAUGCAGUUAAUUAUUUCCAGCAAACUUCCCCAGAAACAAGCCGUGCUCAACAGCCAAGAGCCAAUUGCUGCUCAUUCUGCUGGAACCUCGUCAAAAUCCGCUACGCGGAGAAGAAUCUUCCCGCUCCGGAUAAGGAUUCAUUUGGCGUUUGGUCAUCUCACUCAUUGGCUUAUCAGGGAAGCAUCAAAUGCCCACUUCUCUGGUUCCACAGCUGCAAAAUCUGCGGUGCUACUGAAAGCGCAGCUCAUACCGAGAAAAACUGCCCAAAUCGUCGUGCAUAUUCGAACAACAAUAACAACGGCAACCGGAAGAACAUGUAA